GUUUUUCAGUUACAGUGCAGUCAUACUCUCCAUUGUCAGUUCUAACAGUGCUACCUCUUGAGUGAGAAGCUGGAAUGUAUUAUUUAGUGGAGAAACAAGUGGCAAUAGCACCUGUUAAGUUUGGUUUCCUCGCUGCUUAAUUUGUGGCAUAUACCUUUACUGUUUUUUAUCUCAUGGUCUGAGCAGUGCUUUGGGAUAGGAGUGGAUUAGCUGCCCUCAAACCCUUUAGGUCUCCCUUUUUACUGAGGCUGUUAAUACUUCUUGUAAUCAGCCUAAAUGGCCUCUUCACAUUGCUGCCUUAUGUCUCAAGUGCUUAAAAUCCUUGCUUCAGCAUCUUUAGUAGUCCUGCCUCCAUCUAAGUGAUGGUACUUCUACCAAGUGCCUGACAAUUACAUUUGAUGCUGAUGAGUCCUCUAUUUGGGAUUUCUUACCCUGCACAAUUUCAGCUGCAAGAAGAGGAGGGAUAGAAGUUGUCAGAAUCUAUGUGCAAAUGCCGUUUCUUGGCUGACCCAGUUUGUGCUGAAGAUUUCAAAACAAUAUUGUAACAGAGUUAAUAGCUAUCAUUUCAUUCUGGUCUCUGCUUCCCUCAGCCCACGCUGGACCAGACGUACUCCAGAGAUAAUAGCAAAAUGGGAUAAGCAGUCUUCCAUGAAGGGCGAGUUCCUGCUGCGCCACAGCUUCAUACUUGCACAGUGAGGCUCUCUUUGGAUGCGGGUCUGCUGCUGGGCGGGGGCAGGAGCCGUGCGAUCCACAGUCCUGAGCUACCCCAGCCUGAAAUCCCCAGAGUUUGCUCAGUUGUGGCAGAGCUCUCCCUCCUUCCCUCUGGCAGGCAAGGAUCACCCAUCCUUGAGGGUGGAUCUGGAAGAAGGUCGGGUCCACUAUUAAGCCUGAAGAGUUGGACUCAGAGGUGCGUCGGACUGGAUAAACAGAAUGGUCCCGUCAGCAGAAAUUCUUUCCCUGGAUCCCCCACUGGCACUCUCACUGGAAGUUGGCUGCUCCUCGUUAGCAGGGACAUAUUUCUUCUGCCUGUGUUAGCUACCCCUCUUCCUGACUCUCCGGGGCUCAGCCUUAGGCACUGACCUGCCUUCAGACCCUGCACAAUGGAGGCUGGCUCUGUGGUGCGGGCAGUCUUUGAUUUCUGUCCCAGCGUCUCUGAAGAGCUGCCCCUCUUCGUGGGAGACGUCAUCGAGGUGUUGGCUGUAGUGGACGAGUUUUGGCUCCUUGGCAAGAAGGAAGGUGUCACAGGGCAGUUUCCUAGCAGCUUUGUUGAACCUGUGGAUAUUCCCCCUUUGAAGCAGGGCGAAAAACUGCUUGUUUGUACCAAUGACUUCACAUCUCAAGAGCCAGGGAGCUUGUCAUUGCAGAGAGGAGACUUGGUGAUCCUGGGGGGGUCCCUGGCCUCCAGCUGGCUCCAAGGCCGAAGCAGCUGGGGUUCCAAGGGCUUUUUCCCCUCAUCAUGUGUGAGGGAGCUGUGCCUUUCAGUUCGGAGACGUCAGCUGUCCCAGUGCCCUAUCCUGGAGGUGCCUGCCUACUCCUUGGGCCAAGCCCAGGCCCUGAUGGACCUGUCUGCUCAGCUGGAGGAGGAACUGGACUUCAGGGAAGGGGAUGUGAUCAACAUUAUUGGUGUCCCAGAGCCCGGCUGGUUUGAGGGUGAGCUCAGAGGCUGCAGGGGCAUCUUCCCAGAGGGUUUUGUGGAACUGCUUACUCCUCUGCGAGCACCAGGAACCUCGGUGGAUCCAGAGCCCACAGAGACUUGUGACACCAAUGGGACAGUAGAAAUGCCCCACAAAGAUGACAAGGAGCCAGGGAGUACUUAUGGUGUUGCCCUCUAUCAGUUCCAAGCCCUGGAGUCCAAGGAACUGGAUUUUGAUGUGGGUGACAGGAUUCGGAUUGUAGGCAUUCUGGAGGAUGGCUGGCUGGAGGGGGAGCUGAGAGGAAAACGUGGCAUCUUUCCACACAGAUUUGUGAGGCUGGAAGCCUCUGAGGCUUGCAUGGAAAUGGUGAGUGCUGGGGAUCUGCAAGGUGAAGGCAGUUGUGGAUUGAACAUCCAUCAAGAUUCAGAAAUCACUUGCUCUGAAACUCCUCCUUUGCACCAGAAAGACAGGGAAAAGCAGGAUGGCUCGGCUGCAUAUCCUGAGCCUGCCACCAUUUUGUCUCACAAGGCAGGGAGGUCAGAGGGUCCUCUUGGCACUGACUUGAGACAGGCUUUUCCCAGCACAGGACAACAAGAGCUGCGUCCCGAAGGCACGGGCUCAAUCCCCUCUAACCACGCAAAGUCAGUCAAUGGCAUUCUCCCCUCUGCUCAGCCUCCUCCACAGGGCAACAGGCCUGGCCAAGCAGGUGAGCUGGAGCCUGAGUGGACUACUUCAGCCACCCCAGGAAACUCAGAAACUCACUCCCCCUCUAAGCAUGAUGGAGACAGCCCCACUGUGCCCUUGCAGGCACCCCACUUCCCCCAAAAUCCUUGCAGGAGCCAAGCGAUUUCAUCUGCCAAUAGCUGGGCAGCAUCUGAGCCCCAGGAGAGCCAGAGCAGGACCCAGGACCUAGACAAUUGGAUGGACAGUAAACUGGAGAAGUCCAAGCCCUGUUCCAGCUUAGAAGCUGCCCAGGUGAGCCUGGACACACGGGCUGGGACCUGGGGGGAGUGCUGCCCACUUGCAGUGCAGGGGGACAGCUGCACGGACCUGGACUCCAAACUGACGGAGCAACUGGCCCAGUUUGAGAAGAGCCUGUCAAGUACUGGUGCAGAGCAGGACAAGGUCUCCCGUCACUUCUCCAUCUUGGACUACAGCUCUGAGAAGGACAUUGUCCGUGGGUCUCCUGAAUCUGUGUCCCACUCCAGGCAGGCAGAGAGGAGAAGGGCCCUGAGGCCACCCCCUCCUCGGCCCAGCAGCCUCGCGACAGCCGCUGUGCGCAUGCAGGGUGGCCAGGUGCCCAAAGGCAGGGCUCUGUCCUUCUCAGUCAAACCCUCCCGGCCUGCGCCCCGGCCUCCAGCCAGCAGCCAGCGGAAAAAUGUGGCCCCUGCGCAGCUUCAGCCCGGCAUCCCAGAGCAGCGGGUGGAGGAGGGAUGUGAGGACUUGACACAGGCAGGAUCAGCCUCCUCCAGCUCCAUCCUGCUGACUAGAAUUGGAGAGCUGGAGAGAGAUCUGGAGGCGUACAGCAAGACCCGUGCUGAGUUAAGCCUGAUGCUGGAGGAGCAGCAGGAUGAGCUGGUGAGAGCAGAGACCAUGGAGAACCUUGAUUUCUGUGACUCCAACAUUGAGAGCCUCAGCAUGGAGCUGCAGGAGUUGAGAGAGAUGACUCUCCUGUCCUCCCAGACACCAUCCCUUGAGCCAUCCUCGGCCGCCACUGAGAGCGCAGAGCAGAGGAUGCUGGAGAAGAGGACCAAGGUUAUUGAGGAACUGCUCCAGACAGAGCGGGACUAUAUCAGAGACCUGGAGAUGUGUGUGGAGAGGAUCAUGGUGCCCCUGCAGCAGGCACAGAUGCAGAACAUAGACUUUGAGGGCCUUUUUGGAAACAUCCACAUGGUAAUAAACUUCUCCAAGCAGCUGCUGUCCGCCUUGGAGGCUUCAGAUGCCAUCGGACCAGUGUUCCUGACACAUCGUGCAGAGCUGGAGAGUGUCUACAGGGUGUAUUGCCAGAACCAUGAUGAGGCCAUCGCACUGCUGGAAACCUAUGAGAAAGAUGAGAAGUUGCAGAAACUACUUUUGGACCUGCUGGAUAGCCUCAGGAGCCUGUACAGUGAAUGGGGUUGCACAAACUACAUUAACCUGGGCUCCUUCCUCAUCAAGCCAGUGCAGAGGGUGAUGCGGUACCCGCUGCUGCUGAUGGAGCUGCUGAGUGCUACCCCUGAGGCUCACCCUGAUAAGGCACCGCUCACGGCUGCUGUCCUCGCAGUUAAAGAAAUCAACGUCAACAUCAACGAGUACAAGCGCCGGAAGGACCUGGUGCUAAAGUACAGAAAAGGGGAUGAGGAUAGCCUCAUGGAGAAGAUCUCCAAGCUCAACUUCCACUCUAUCAUCAAGAAAUCCAACCGUGUGAGCAGCCAUCUCAAGCAUCUCACAGGCUUUGCACCCCAGCUAAAGGAUGAAGCCUUUGAAGAGACUGAGAAGAACUUCCGGAUGCAGGAGCGUCUGAUCAAGUCCUUCAUCCGGGACCUUUCCCUCUACCUGCAGCAUGUCCGGGAGUCAGCUUGUAUGAAGGCACUGGCAGCAGGGAGCAUGUGGGACUUGUGCACAGAGAAGGGAAGUGGGGACUUGGACCAGUUCCAGAAAGUGAAUCGUCUCAUCAGCGACCAGCUCUUCUCCAGCUUUAAAGAGCGGACGGAGCGGCUGGUGAGCUCGCCCCUGAGCCAGCUGCUCAGCAUGUUUGCGGGGCCCCACAAGUUGGUGCAGAAACGCUUCGACAAACUGCUCGACUUCCACAACUGCACCGAGCGAGCGGAGAAGCUGAAGGACAAGCGAACGCUGGAGGAGCUGCAGUCAGCCCGCAACAACUACGAGGCCCUCAAUGCACAGCUGCUGGACGAGCUGCCCCAGUUCCUGCGCUUCGCCAAGGAGCUCUUUGCCAGCUGCGUGCGGGGCUAUGCCGAGGCACACUGCGACUUCGUGCGCCUGGCCCUGGAGGAGCUCAGACCCUUGCUGUCGUUGCUGAAGGUGUCUGGUAGGGAAGGGAACCUCAUUGCCGUCUUCCAGGAUGAGCACAGUCGAGUCCUCCAGCAGCUCCAGGCCUUCACCUUCUUCCCAGAGUCCCAGGCAGCUCCCAAGAAGACUUUUGAAAGGAAAAGCAUGGAACGGCAGUCUGCCCGGCGGCAGCCCCUUGUUGGCUUGCCAACCCACUUCCUGCAGUCAGAUGACAUCCGUGCUGCCCUCCUGGCCCGCUAUCCCCCGGAGAGUCUCUUCCAGGCAGAGCGUAAUUUCAAUGCUGCCCAAGACCUGGAUGUCUCCCUGUUGGAAGGAGACAUUGUGGGCGUCAUCAAGAAGAAGGACCCCAUGGGCAGCCAGAAUCGCUGGCUCAUAGACAAUGGGGUGACCAAAGGCUUUGUGUACAGCUCCUUUCUGAAGCCCUACAACCCCCGCCGCAGCCAGUCGGACGUCUCUGUGGGCAGCCACUCUUCCAACGAGUCGGAACACAGCAGCUCCUCUCCCCAAAGCAACGCCACCCUGACCUUCAGCCCCAGUGGGGCGGCCGUCACCUUCACUCAGAAACCCCUGCAGGACUCUGUCUCCCCGGCAGAUGUGUAUCAGUCCCCACUGGAGGUGGACUCCCCCUCUGUGCCCCAGCUUGGCUCUGGUGACAGGACAGCCCCACUGGCUGGUACCGUGACAUCUCAGCGCCGCUGCAGCCGUCCCGAGCAGGGCUGCGGCCCCAGCUCUCGCAACGGGCACCCCACCAAAGCACAGCUCAGGCCCACGUCCUCGGUGGAGGACAGAGACUCAGGGCUGGAGAACAGCGAGUCAGAGGGCAACCAGGUCUACUACGCUCUCUACACCUUCAAAGGUCGAAACACCAAUGAGCUGAGCGUGUCAGCUAACCAGAGACUCAGGAUCCUGCAGUUUGAGGACAUCACAGGCAAUCAGGAGUGGUGGCUGGCUGAGGCCCACGGGAAGCAGGGCUACGUCCCCUCAAGUUACAUCCGGAAGACAGAGUACACGUGAAGCCACAGACAGAGCCUGCACCCCGUGCCUUGUUCCUGCUGGGACUGCUAGGGUCUGGGGGAGGCUGGCCAGCCCUGCAGCCCCCACUGCUCACCCUUAAGGCUAUGCCUCUCACAGCUGUGCAGUGCUCCUGGGCCCCAAACACUGGCUGCCAUCAUCUCUUUAGGGGACAGAGAAGGGUGAGCUGGCCAGGUAGGCAGGAGCAGGCAGCUCGUAUGAGGGCAGGGGCGAGUUCACCUCUGAGAUGUGUUUGAGCCUCCUGUGUCCAGCCAGGAGCAGGGGAACAAAGCCUGGGGCUGUCACUUGCCCAGAAAGGUAAGGCUUGACUCAGGCUGAGGAGCUGCUGUGGAUUUAAAUUUUGGAAGGCUAAUGCUGAGUUUCUGGAGAUUGUCUUUAGUCAAGUAGUAUUAAAAGCAACCCAGACUUUGUGAAUA